CAAGGAGCCUUUGCGCCUGCGCGCUCGAGAGCCGCCAGGUCGAACACCGCCCCAUGGGAGAAGAGCCCGCGCCUGCGCAGUGAAGCCAAUAGGCGGGCGGGCAGUGCAUUAUGGGAGCCUAGUGGUCGCUGUAUCUGUGUGGCACUAACUCAGUGCUGCACUAAUUUCUGACACCCCCGGAGAAAGUGCCACAGCCCAGCACACCCUUCCUGCCCGCAAUUGGUAGAAGACCGGGGUCCGAGAGGAAGCGCUGCAGUUCCCGCCGCCCUGGAGCUGCUUCAGGACGUGCACCUGGGCCUGGUCCCACCGCGCCGCGGCCCUGCCCGCCUGGCUGUCCUCUCGGGCCACUACCUCUACUAUCACUAUGGCUGCGACGGGCUGGAUGACCGUGGCUGGGGCUGUGGCUACCGCACGCUGCAGACGCUGUGCUCGUGGCCAAAGGGCCAGGCCACGGGCGUGCCUGGACUGGACGCCGUGCAGGCAGCCCUGGAGGAUAUGGGCGACAAGCCCCGCGGGUUCCGGGGCUCCCGGAGCUGGAUCGGCUGCGUGGAGGCCAGCCUCUGCCUCGCGCACUUCGGAGGACCCCUGGGGCGCCUGUGCCACGCACCCCGUGGAGCGGGUCUUUGCGGUGAGCUGGAGAGGCUUUACUCUCACUUCGCGGGGGGCGGCGGCCCUGUGAUGGUGGGAGGGGAUGCCGAUGCCCAAGCCAAGGCCCUGCUGGGCGUCUGCAUGGGGCCAGACACCGAAGCCUACGUCUUGAUACUGGACCCUCACUACUGGGGCACUCCGAAGAACCCUAGGGAACUACAGGCUGCAGGGUGGGUGGGCUGGCGAGAGGUGAACAGCGCCUUUGAUCCCUGCUCUUUCUACAACCUGUGCCUAACCAGUUGUAACUUUGAAAAGCAUCAGCAUACCCAGGACUGAAACUGUUUACUUCUCAAGUGUCCCAGCAGAGAAGAGGGAACUUCAUAAUAAUAAAGUGUCCAGGCCCAGCUAA